AGUGUGAACGUGUUUCUCUAGUUGUUUACAGUGCUCAGCACCAACACAUGUAGUAUUGAUAACUGUUUGGAUUAUAAUAAUUUUUUUGAUUCUGCAUCAGAAUUACGUAUGCAAGUAUGACAGACCGUGGUGGACAACUGUACAUUACAACCCCGACAGUGGAAAGUGAUGUCUUGUCCCGGCCAAGAGGCUUUAGGGUGUUCCUCAAACUGGAAAACCUACAACCCCCGGGCUCGUUCAAGAUCAGAGGUAUUUCACAUCUGUGUCAGAAGGCAGUGAAGGAGAAGGGAUGUACCCACCUCUACUGUGCGUCUGGCGGGAACGCCGGACUGGCUACAGCUUACGUGGCCCAGAGACUUAAUCUCAAGUGUACCGUUGUGCUACCCGAAUCCACGCCGCCUUUCGUCGCCGACAAACUUAAGGAAAUGGGAGCUACUGUUCUUAUCCAUGGUAAAGUGUGGGACGAAGCCAAUGAACAUGCGCAGAAACUGGCACAGAAUCCAGAUGCACAAUUUGUCCCUCCGUUUGACCACCCCGUAAUAUGGGAAGGUCAUGGAAGUAUGAUCAAAGAAGCGGCGGAACAGAUGCCAUCGCGUCCUGACGUCAUCGUCACCUGCGUUGGCGGUGGAGGUUUGCUGAAUGGCGUCGUCAUUGGCAUGAAAAGCGUGGGGUGGCAGGACGUGCCAAUUAUUGCCAUGGAAACGGUGGGCGCCGACUGCUUUAAUAAGUCGGUCGUAGCAGGUCAAAUAAUAACACUGCCUGGAAUAACAAGUGUGGCCGUGUGUUUAGGAGCUAAGGCCGUCAAUGAGCACACUUUCCGCCUCUACAGAGACAAAACAGCGAACAUUAUCUCUGUUGCAGUGCCCGACAAAGAGGCUGUUAAAGCCUGUCUCCGGUUUGCAGAUGACCAUCGUUUCAUCGUGGAACCCGCGUGUGGGGCAACACUUUCAUGUAUCUACAGUGACGUCAUACCACAGUUGCAAAGUGAAGGUCGCCUAGGCAAAGUUAACAGUGCAUUAGUAAUAGUGUGUGGUGGCGCUGGGGUCUCUCUUGACCUUCUGUACAAGUGGAAGAAGCAAUUUGACCUCUAGCAAGAAUCGCUUGAUUUUUAACUAGAAAAAGAAAAUCCAUCCAUUUUUUUCUUUUAAGUGAAAUAAAUAUACCAAUGUCCUCUGCGAGGCUGUUUUUGACCGUUAUGUAUAGAAGGAUCUGUCCAAUUUGAUGUAAGUUAAAGGAUUUAUGCAAAAUCUUUACGAGUAGAGGAAUCAACCGGCCUCGGUGGUGUUGUGGUUAAGCCAUCCGACAUAAGACUGGUAGGUACUGGGUUCGCAGCCAGGUACCGGAUCCCAAUCAGAGCGAGUUUUAACGAUUCAGUGGGUAGGUAUAA